GAUCUAUUGUAUAUUUACACAUUUCCUGUUUUCCUUAGCGAGCAGAUCUGUCAAUAAAACGCUGACUAUUCAGAUAUUCUAGGAGGCAGCUUCAUUCCUAGACGACCUAUGCUGGACCAAAGCCAAGAGGACUGACCCAGUCUCCAGAGGUGGUCCUGACUGACCCAGUCUCCAGAGGUUGUCCUGACUGACCCAGUCUCCAGAGGUUGUCCUAACUGAACACAGACCACACAAGCGAAGGAGAUGACCCAUCAAGGCCUAUUCCCGUAUCAGCACUGGCACAAGCAAGGCUGUAGUCCAGUCAUACCAUUUUAACUCUCCUGUCUCUGGUGUGAGCUGACGCAUGUCGCGGAUCAAGAGCACGCUCAACACUGUUACUAAAGCAGUAAGUGGCAGCGACCUCCUCUCCAAGAUCUCCCGCCUUAAGCCCAGUGCCGCAGCCGCCCAUGCAGAGAAGGUACAGGCCGAAGCGGAGCCUCUGACUCCAUCUCCAACCCCGGCAGCUAGUGACCCUUCAGCUGCUGCAAUACACAUGAAGCCACCAGAGCAGGAUCAGACAGUAGGACAGGACCAGAACAAUGGAGAGGAAGGGAAGGAGAAUAAGCCACUUCAGGCUUUAGAGAAACCCUUCAUGGCCAACGUCAAGCCCAAACAGAGCCUCGCUGCGUCAGUGGCUAGAUCCACCGCUAGCUCCUCGUCAGCCAUUGCCAAGCAGACGUUACAGCUGUUCCAACCAGAGGCCCUGUCCACCAACAUGGACGAGACAUACAGCACCUUGUCUCAACACGUCAACGACUACUUUGGGAGUUGUACUAGUCUAUCAACAGGAGAUGACAAGAAGCCUCACCAUCUAAAUGACAAUGCUCAAGCAUCCAUGUCCUCCAAGCCUGCUCUCAGUCUACGCUAUCAGAGUACUAAGAGCGGGGACCACAUCCCCGUUGCAGUACCUGUGGCAGCUGAGACCAAGGCUAUCCAGGGCAAGGCAGCUACCCCACAACCGACUCCUCCCCUGGAGGAGGUUAGCCCAACCUCGGGUGUUCCCACCCGAGAGAGCACUGCCACAGACAGUACUUCCUCUGACCCAGUCACCCAUACCCCCACCCUAACACCCUCUAAAAAAGGGGGGUUCGGGCAGUAUCUGUCUGACCCUCGUCCCAAUGUUCAGGCAUUCUUUGGCAGCUACAUAGCACCCUUGGUACCUAGUAAGUUCAGAGCUGACCCCAAGAGCAUCACAGCAGCAGUUGAAGAGAAGACCACGGAGGCGGCUGUGAGGAAGCCUGGAGAGAAGAUGGAGACUGAGGAGGAGAAGAAGAAUGCUGAAGAGGGGGCCAAGAAACUACUGCUGAGCCAGAGAGAGAAGAUCAUAGCCCGGGUGAGUAUGGACAACAGGACCAGAGCCUUGGUGCAGGGCAUCCAGAAAGCCACAGACAUGAAUAUCCACACCAGCCGUGUGGAGGAGCUUAGCCUGCAUCUUCUGGAGUACCCUGAGACACGCGGCGUGGCCGUCAAGGAGAGGGUGAUCCCGUGCCUGUUGCGUCUGAGGCAGACCAGAGACCCCCGGCUCCAUGCUGCAGUGAGAGAGGCCCUGGCCCUGGUGGGAUACACAGACCCUGUGAAGGGCCAGGGUAUACGGAUCCUGGCCAUCGAUGGAGGGGGGACCAGGGGACUGGUAGCCCUGCAGACCCUAGACAAACUGCAGACACUGACGGGCAAACCCAUCUACCAGCUGUUUGACUACAUCUGUGGGGUCAGCACAGGUGCCAUCCUGGCCUUCAUGUUGGGGGUGUUCCAGAUUCCUCUGGAUGAUUGUGAGGAACUCUACAGGAAGCUGGGUUCUGAUGUGUUCAAACAGAACGUCAUCGUGGGAACCGUCAAGAUGGGCUGGAGCCACGCCUUCUACGACAGCCAGAUCUGGGAGAACAUCCUCAAGGAGAGAAUGGGAGAAGGCCUCAUGGUCGAGACAGCCCGGGAUCCAAAAUGCCCAAAGGUGUCAGCAGUGAGCACCAUAGUGAACAGGGGUCUGCCUCUGAAGGCCUAUGUGUUCAGGAACUACAGCAUGCUACCAGGGGUCCGGUCCCACUACAUAGGAGACUGUAAACACAAGAUGUGGCAGGCCAUCAGAGCCUCCUCCGCCGCCCCAGGGUACUUCCAGGAGUAUACACUGGGAAAAGACCUGCACCAGGAUGGUGGUCUCCUCAUCAACAACCCCACAGCGUUGGCCAUCCAUGAGUGUAAGCUGCUGUGGCCCAACACCCCAGUGCAGUGUGUUGUCUCCCUGGGUACGGGUCGCUAUGAGACCGUCAACAAGAACAACACCACCUCCACCAGUCUCAAAGCCAAGAUCACCAACGUCAUCAGCAGUGCCACCGACACAGAGGAGGUCCACAUCAUGCUGGACGCCCUCCUUCCACCCAACACCUACUUCCGUUUCAACCCCUACAUGAGCGAGGACAUCCCAUUGGACGAGAGCCGCCCGGAGAGGCUGACCUUCCUGCAGGAGGAAGGAACUCGCUACCUGGAGAGGAACGAAGCCAAGCUGAACAAGGCAGCGUCGGUGCUGGCUCUGGAGAAGAGCGCCAUCCAGAGGCUGGCUGAAUGGUGCAAACUGAAGGCCGACAUGUACGAGGGCUUGCCCUUCAUCUCCAAACUGUAGGGGACGUCUAGAGGUGAAAGGUCAGACAGGCUGAGAGACACUAAUUUAGACUGAUUAUGAAGAUAAUAUAGGAGCCGUAAAGGUCUGACAUGUACGAGGGCCCUUCAUCUCCAAACUAUAGGAAGCGACCUGCAGAGGUUAAAGUUCAAAAGGCACUGCAGGCGGUAGCUGCUGAGAAACUCAUUUAGACUUGAAAAUAAACAUCAUGUGCUUUGAUAUGACUCCAUCAGUGGAGGCUGGUGGAAGAAUCUAUAGGAGGAAAGGCUCAUUGUAAUGCUCGGAAUGGAAUAAAUGGAGUCAAACGUGGUUUCCAUGCGUUUGAUGUGUUUGAUACCGUUCCAUUGAUUCCAUUCCAGCCAUUACAAUGAGCCCAUCCUCCUACAGCUCCUCCAACCAGCCUCCUCUGGACUCCAUAUCUUCUUGAUGCAGAUCAUGUGAUAUGACUGCGGUCCAUUUUAAUAUCUGCUGCUCAGGCAGGAUGUUGACCUUUGACCUGUGAGAGGUGGUACAGAAGUAUCUGUUGUAGUGUUUCUGAAAGGGGUUUGGCUGGUUGGGCUGAAGGAAUCAACCUUUUGACUAGUCCUAAAUAAAGUGCCACUGUGAUGAGAGCACACAGGCCGUGUUUACACAGGCAGGCCAAUUCUAAUAUUUUGCCCCCUAAAAAUCAGAUAUUUUGCCAAUAAUUGGGCUAAAUACCUGAAUUGGGCUGCCUGUGUAAACAGCCAUAAUGGUGUGAAUGGUAGACAGGCAUAGCCAUAAUGGUGUGAAUGGUAGACAGGCAUAGCCAUAAUGGUGUGAAUGGUAGACAGGCGUAGCCAUAAUGGUGUGAAUGGUAGACAGGCGUAGACAUAAUGGUGUGAAUGGUAGACAGGCGUAGCCAUAAUGGUGUGAAUGGUAGACAGGCGUAGCCAUAAUGGUGUGAAUGGUAGACAGGCGUAGCCAUAAUGGUGUGAAUGGUAGACAGGCAUAGCCAUAAUGGUGUGAAUGGUAGACAGGCGUAGCCAUAAUGGUGUGAAUGGUAGACAGGCGUAGCCAUAAUGGUGUGAAUGGUAGACAGGCGUAGCCAUAAUGGUGUGAAUGGUAGACAGGCGUAGCCAUAAUGGUGUGAAUGGUAGACAGGCAUAGCCAUUUACUGUUUUGAUUGAUUGAUUUAAGAGUGCAGGUUUUGCAGGGAAGGUGUUUUUGACAACUACCUACUUAACAUGUACUGGUAUGUCAGAUAUUCAGGGUCUGUUAUUAGCAACUCAUUCUAAUGUAAUUACUGUAAAUAUGUUGUAAGUAACUGACAUUGGUGUCACCUCAUUUAAAUGCUUCAAACUUGAACUAGGCAUGUAAAGUAGAAUGGUAUAAAACAUGUUAUUAUGCCUUUUUUCACAGAUGAAUGAAAUCAUCCACUUUGUAAAUUGUCACAUUGUUGUUAAGAGCUCUGUAAGGGAUCACAUGGAAAGGGUUUGAUAUGUGGUUGUGAAUAAUAUGGAAUUGAAGAGUUCAUGGUAUUCGCUUGAUAAUGAAGUUGAACCACCUAAUUCCUUUCUCCUGCAGUGGCUCUGUAGGUGGAGGCUGUAGAAUGAACAUGUGUCGUUGAAACCGGCUUCUGUUGUUGUGUUGUCUAUUGAAGCUGUGUCUCAUAACUACACUAUUAUACAUGAUCAUCUGAUCUGUACUGAUGUCUAUUAAAGCUGAAGUGAUAGUCUACGACAACCUUAAACCACCACACACACACAGAAGCAGAAGCAUUUCGCUACACUCGCAUUAACAUCUGCUAACCAUGUGUAUGUGACAAAUAAAAUUUGAUUUGAUUUGACAGGUCUAUAAUAGAGGAUAGAGGUGUCAUGGAAGAA